UGUGUGUGUGUGUGUGUGAGAGAGAGAGAGAGAGAGAGAGAGAGAUGCUGCAUGGAUGCAUGGCUAUACUCAGGGUUUGAUUAUGCAUCUCAGCACACUUUACUUUACCUGUGCGGAUUGAAUCUCCUGCGUGUCAGAAGAAAAGCGAGUUCAGGACUAAACACUGGAAAUAUGAAAGCAAACUCCUCCCCCGGUGAUGUGGUGAUAAAUCGGAUCCACCUUUAAUGACUGCUUUCCACUUUCCUCGUGCUUUCUGUAGAAGCUCUUGCGUGUGCUGCAGGUUGAGUGAGCAGAGUUAUGCCCUGAUCCGAUCUCCUCUUAAAAACCUACACUGUGCUGGGAGGGAAAAGCUGUAGAUCAGAUGGGGGAUCAGAAAGAAGUCACCAUGGUCCAGAGGUCCACUUCAUUCAGCAUCAAGAGUCUGCUGCUCCCGUGUAAAAGCGAGGCGCGAGACGCACGGCUGGGGGAGAAGAGCGCGUUUUCAGCAGCAUGCGACUCGGACAAGCUUCCCGAGCAGCCAGACGUGGAGCAUUCACCGCACUCCCCGCACUCACCGCACUCCCCGCAUUCUCCGCUCCCCACGGAAAAGUCGAAGAAGGCGGAUGAUAAAGCGAGUGAUAAAGCGGAAUCCGGGAAAGCCAGCAAACUCGACAAGCCUCCGUUCAGCUACAACGCGCUGAUUAUGAUGGCGAUCCGCCAGAGUCCCGAGAAGCGGCUCACCCUCAACGGCAUCUACGAGUUCAUCAUGCACAACUUUCCCUAUUACCGGGAGCAUAAGCAAGGAUGGCAGAACUCCAUCCGGCACAAUCUGAGCCUCAAUAAAUGCUUUGUUAAAGUCCCGAGGCAUUACGAUGACCCGGGGAAAGGGAACUACUGGAUGCUGGACCCGUCGAGUGAUGAGGUGUUUAUAGGAGGGACGACGGGAAAACUGCGCCGGCGCUCCGCCACUUCACGCGGCAAACUGGCCAUGAAGCGGGGGCUGAGAUUCGCACCGCUCGCCUUCGGAAUCAGCGACAGAUCGAGCAAUCCUCUGUACUGGCAAAUCUCUCCGUUUUUAUCCCUCCACCCGCCUUCUUACAGCGCCUCAGCAUCCGGAUUUCUAAACCAGGGCCACGGCUAUGGCUCCCUCAUCCCCGCAGUGGAUCAUCUGGGCAGCAGGGAGCUCGCGCGGCCCAUCCUCGGCUCCACCGGAGCUCCUCUCGGUUUUACGAACACUUACGGGAUGAGCUCGUCUCCGGUCGGGUUGAUCCAGAGUCAGCCCGGUUAUCUGGGAAGCCCGCAACAGCAACAGCAGCAGCAGCAGCAGCAGCAGCACGCGCCCCCGCAGCAGAGCGCGUGCCCGUUCGGCGUGUCCGCCACUUCGGCGCGAGCGCUGCUCUCGGACACGCUCAGGGCCACGUUACCGUCUUUCCCCCCUGUAGGAUCAGGUGACUUCCCUGGAGUUUUGUCUCCGCACAAAACGGUCCUUCCUAAUUCAUAUUUAAACUGAACCCUCAGGCUUCUAAACAUGUCAACACGAGCACGCGCUAUUUUUUGUUGUUGUUUUUUUUUUUUUAGGAGUUCUUAUACGAAACAACGCACACUGUGUGGACGUUACUGUGUUUGUGUCCAGGAGAAUUCCACAGGAGUUCUGGACAUAUUUUCCCCCUCACCAGAAACUGUCACUGAGUGUUUGUGAAACUGACCUGAAGCUCGAGUGAAGCUGAAGCCGAUGUGACGCGGAACUGGUAGGAGCGCUGAGGAGAUGCUCGGAAUGAAGUUCCGACUCCAGCAACCUUUCAGUCCCAGACUGUUUCCGCUGCUCGGCUUGUGAGGACACAUGUUUACCUUUGUGCCAAGACUGUAUCUAGAGUUGCCAAAGGUAAAUGCUAUAUCACAUAUGUUAUUUAUAUCAUGUGCAAAUAAUUCCAACACUUUGAAAUUGUUCGAUUGAAGUCAUAUAUUUAUGUAAAAUUGUAUUUAAUUUUCAAUGAUUCAAUUCAUUGUAUUAACCUG